CUUCAACAAUUAUCAGUUACGUUAUCCAAUAUCCAGUUCGAAUUUGAAAGUUCGAUGUUCGAUCUAUACUUAUUGAGCUAAGAGGUAUACACUGUUCUAUUAUAUUAUAUCCCUUUUCUAUGUCGUGUAUGGAUAAUAUCUAGAUUUUGCUCUCGCGAACGACUAUGAGGUGGCAUUAACUACUAAUUAGUAUCCAUAACCUUAUUCUCUGCCUCUCUGCGUCUUAUUCCGUGCGUUUACUACUAGACAAGAAGAACUUUGUAUAACGUAUAUUGUUCUUUAGUACAACAACAGCAUUAAUUACGAGCCGCGAGCAAACAUGUCGCAAUGAUGUAUGAUAAUGGAUGUCUUGACAACAAAAUACAAUUGACUUAAAAUCCAAAUAUCUUGCAGCACUUCAGCGUUCAGCACUUACACCGUAACUUGUUUUUAAUCUAAAAUAUAAUCAAAGUAUGUAAUAAUGUUGAUGUGAUGUCCUGAUCUCUAGUACAAGCGUUAAUUAAAAGCAGUGUACCUAAUUGAAUAACAAAUAAAGAGGACAUAAUUGAAUAUGGAACCAUUAAGAACAACAACUCUUCCUUGUGAUGUUACUGGAAUUAUUAAACAGGAAAAUAUUGAUAAUCAAGAAUUUAAUGGAAUUAAGAAAGAAGAAUUUAUUGAAGAAAUAGAUCAUGAUGGUCAAUUAUUUCAAAUAGGGUAUAAUGAUAACACAUACUGUCCUAGAGUGUUGUCAAUCCCUCUUAUUGGAUGUGAUGAUCAUGUAAUUAAUGGAAUUAUUAAGGAGGAAAUCAUUGAUGAAACAUACCAAAACAAUGAUAAUCAAUUAUUACAAAAAAGUUCUAGAAUGAUGCCAUUCCCACUUAAUGUGACAUGUGGUGGUCAAGAAUUUAAAGAAAUUAUUAAACAGGAAAUUAUUGAUAAGCGAGAAGUUAAUGAAACUAUUAAACAGGAAAUUGUUGGUGAUCAAGUAUUUAAUGGAAUUAUUAAAGAGGAAACUAUAGAAGACCUUAAAAAUGAUAAUCAAUUAUUUAAAAUAGGAAUUAAAACUGAAGAAAAUAGAAUUGAUGCCAAAAUUAAAGUAGAAAUAGAUUUUAUUGAUGAUAAUAAGUUUGAAGGAACAGUAGUCAACAUAUGCAAUUCUUCAGAAUUCAUUAGUUGUACACAUAUGGAUUCAGACUUUACACCUAACUGUUUAAGGAAAAAUCCAGUGACUGAUAACUGUAAUAAACUAGCUACUGCAUCCAAUUUAAUUGACACAAUUAAUACAAAGACACAUACCGAUGAAAAGCCAUAUAUAUGUAAUACAUGUGGUAAGGGGUUCUCUAAAUUAUCAAUCUUAACAAGGCAUACAAGGAUACACACUGGCGAAAAGCCAUAUAAAUGUGAUGCCUGUGAUCAGUCGUAUUCUCGUGCAGACUCUUUACAAAUUCAUACAAAGAAACAUACAGGUCUAAAGCUAUAUAAAUGCAAAAUCUGUGAUUUAACUUUUUAUAAGAAAAAAAACUUGAUAACCCAUACAAGGACGCAUAACGGAGGAAAACUGCAUGAAUGUGACAUCUGUGGUCUAGCCUUUUCUUGGCCAUCAAAUUUAAAAUACCAUAAAAUUAAACAUACUGGUGAAAAGCCGUAUAAAUGUGAUAUUUGUGAGAAACGAUUUUCUAAAUCAACAGAUUUAACAAGGCAUGCAAAGACACAUACUGGCGAAAAGCCUUAUAAAUGUGAUAUUUGUGAUGUAGCUUUUUCUAGGGCAUCAAAUAUGAAAAUUCACAAAAUUACACAUACUGGUGAAAAGCCAUAUAAAUGUGAUAUUUGUGAAAAACGGUUUACUAAAUCAUCAGAUUUAACAAGGCAUACAAAGACACAUACCGGUGAAAAACCUUAUAAAUGUAAUAUUUGUGAUCUAGCCUUUUCUAGGGCAUCAAAUGUGAAAAUUCACAAAAUUACACAUACUGGUGAAAAGCCAUAUAAAUGUGAUGUCUGUGAGAAACGGUUUUAUAAAUUAUCAGAUUUAUCAAGGCAUACAAAAACACAUACCAGAAAAAAACCUUAAUUUAUUAAUGAUACACAGAAUUUACUAGGAAAAAAUCAUUUAAAUUAUGAGAUUGUACAUGUCACUGUAAUUGUCCUUGUCACCCAUUUUCUAUUAACCUAUGAAUUUUGUAAUGAUAUUCUCAUACAUCAUUUUCAGCAAUUAAAUAAAAUGUAACAGACAGAUAAAUAACGCCUCGACUAUUAUUCUCCAGCACUUAUAAGUCUAGAGAAUCAUACAGAAUAUAGAUACUUAAAGUUAGUAUCUGAUUUUAGUAUAAUUAUAGGCAGGAGUCUCAUUUAUAUUUAUCUUAUUUUUGUGUUAUUUCAGUUUAAUUUAUAAAAUUAAUGGAUAAAAUUAGCUUAUAGAAGUAAUUAAAUACUUAACAACGCAUAACUUUAUAUGCUGUUUUUAAUAACUAAUAAUACAAAAUUAUAAAAAACUUUUGUUAAGAGUUCAUAUUUUUCUUGUAAUUAUACAUAUUUUGCUGUGUACUUUGCAGGGCCACAGCCCAUUAUUUUAUAAUAUAAAUAAAUAAAAAUAUACUUUUACAUCAACUCCUAAUUUUCAUACGUCCAAUUAAUAUUUUUUCCACCUAGAUAGAAUAGUUACACGACCAUGGACCUUAUCUAAGAAUUAAACUAAAGUCUGAUAAUUCAGAGAAAAAAAAUCUUAUUGUAAAUAUGAAUUUUUCACUGCCUUGUGACAUCAACUAGUUUAAUUUUCAAUU